AUGGAGGAGUCGAAUAUCACCCUGCAGUGUUUCCUAAAGCUCGUGGAAUCACGCAAUUUCGCUUUGCAAGCAGCUCAGCCAGCCAAACCGAAAGUCAUUGUGCCCUUUAAACAACCUUCCAAGAAUCAACCUCAAUACAGAGGCGCUACCGCAUUCGUCGCCACAAACCCACCGUUCUGCAAUGUGUGCAGCAAGCAACAUCAUCAUGUCUACCACUGUGGCAGGUUCAUCCACAUGAAUUAUGAAGAGCGAUUAGCCCACAUCAACAGAAUGAAGCUGUGUCACAAUUGCCUGAAAUCACAUCCCAGUGAAAGCUGUAAAUCAGGUACUUGCAGGAAAUGCAACUUACCUCACCACACUUUGCUUCAUCCGGCUACGCCAUCAGCAAGCCCACCAUCAGAAUUAUCAUCGUCAGUCUCGGCCCAGACAAACCUUGGAUCACCAACCCAUUCUUUGAUUGCGGCCCUCGACCCGUCAUCUUGCUUCGAUGCAUCUAAUGUCUUGCUCGCCACCGUUACCAUCAACGUUUUGGACAGCCACGGACGUCCGCACGCCUGCCGUGCUGUGUUAGAUUGUGCAUCGCAGGUUAGCUUUAUUAGUGAAAAGUUUUGCAAACAACUCGUCUCAAAACCCAAGCAGCCAACAUGGUCAAUACAUUUGGCCGAUCCACACUUUCAUCGCCCGGGUAAGGUAGAAGUAUUACUGGGAAUUAAGCUCUUUUUUCAUAUGCUUGAGCCAGGCCAGAUUGCUCUCAGCACUGACAAUAGCCUACCAACACUGCAAAACACAAAGCUCGGUUGGGUGCUUGCCGGCCGUUAUUACGAGCCGAACAGAUCUGUUGGAUCUCACGCUUCGACUUGCUUGCUAGCAUCAACCGAAGACGAGCUUUCUCAGCAGCUUCGUAAAUUUUGGGAGCUUGAAGAGUACGCCGCAGCAUCCAGUUAUCUCACCGAAGAAGAGCAGCGCUGCGAACAACACUUUUCUGAGCAUACGUUCCGGGAUCAAACAGGCAAGUUUGUCGUUCGUCUUCCGUUCUUGCUCGAUCCCAACCAGUUGGGUGAGUCGAGGCAAAUUACAGAGAAAAGGCUUCGUCAUAUCGAGAAAAUGCUCGACCGUAACCCGGAACUCAAAGGUGAAUAUCAUGCGUUCAUCCGUGAAUAUAUUACUCUCGGUCACAUGUCACUGGUGAACGAUACCAGUACAUCUGCAAAAUCGCAGUAUCCAGAUGUGGUGGAAAAGGCACUAAAGGGCAUCUACGUCGACGACAUUCUUACUGGUGCUGCAACCGAAGAAGCAAAGCUGAUACGGGAGCAGCUGACUGAAAUGUUUGCGGCAGGGGGAUUUCAUCUUCGCAAGUGGGCAUCAAAUAGUGAAACCGUGUUGGAAGGCGUUAGUGAAGCAGAUUUAGAAGUGAAAAAGUACCAUCAAGACCCUCGGAAUGCAAUGGCAGCCGUGUAG